UUCUUUAGGAAUGAAGAUCGUGGCAUAUUUCUUGGAGACAAUCGAGGAGGUCUCAAGGAAGUGAAGCCUGACCACAGGCGAAUAGCACCUGUUGUUGUUAUCGAGAGCACCUUCAACAAUAGGAAAUCAUUUGCUUGUCCAAAAAUCAAGAGCGAUCUAAAAACUGGAACAUCCAUAGGUGAUCUCAGCCCCGAAGAUAUUACAAUAAUCGCUUCAAUGGGUGACGCUCUGGCGACUGGAAUGGGCCUGUGGCCAAAAACAAAUAUCGAGUUUCGUGGAGCUGCUUUUCCGAGCGGAGGAGAUGCCACUAUCGACGGGCUGAUUACUAUCCCUAAUAUCCUCCGCGAGUUUAACAGUCAUUUGAUUGGUGUCUCUCAUGGCAUGGGAACGAGAGAUCAGCUACCCGAAACACAGCUGAGCGUUGCCGAAAGUGGUGCCACUACGGAUAAGAUGCCAGAGCAGGCACGAGAACUUGUCAGACGGUUGAAAAAUCUCGUCCAAGUGAAUUACAUGGAUCACUGGACUAUGGUGAUCGUUACGAUUGGUACUGAAGAGGUGUGUUCGAGGUGCACUUCUCCAAACGUCACAGCACUUACAGAGGCAAUCGACAUUCUUCAGAACAAUCUUCCACGCGGCUUUGUUGUACUUCUAGGACCCAUCCACGUGUCAUUUCCCCACAAGCUCAAAGGAAAUCUUCUCAAAUCUCGUUGUGAGUGUUCGAGGGAAGCAUCCAACGCUCUAAUGGAGCAGCUCAGUGCUGACUGGAAGAAAGCAUUCGAAGAUCUUCAGGAACAUGCGGCGACCUUUGGAAUUCUUGCCAUUCCUGAACUCACUAUAACUUCUCGUUAUCCUUAUGGUCUAUUUAUUCCUAACAAACCGCUGCUAAACAGAAGAGGACAUAAUUAUGCAACUAAAUGGCUUUGGAAUCGAUUGAUUGCCGGUGAAAACUACAACCUCUCAGCAGCAGUGCUGUCUCAGGACGCCUACUUCUGCCCUUCCAUUGGUUGUCCCUAUUUCCGAAAUACGGCGAACAUCCAUGGCUGCCAAUUGCUGAGUCUUAGCGAGGCAAAGGAAAAGGAACUUCUCUUAGGAGUCGAUGGCAAAGUUGUCAAAAAGAGGCGACGAACGCCGGAACGCUUGUAUACAAUAGCAGUUUGCAUAGUUGGCAUAGCAUUCUUUGUCGUGUGCACCUUAGGAACUGUGUUCUAUCAAAAGAGUAAACAGGCUGAGCAUGGUCGGUUUGAGAUUGUCGAUGAAGUUCAGAAAAAGUUUGAAGAAGCUAAAAAGGAAGAAGAGAAAGCGCUCCUCACGAAACAGUUAUCAAGAGGAAUUUCGAUGAACGAAGGUCUUCAGCGAAGCACCCGGCGACUGACUGCAGAUUGA